ACCAGUAAGCACAUCAAAAAGGUUAUGAUGCUGUAGUUGGUGAUCAACCUACCAAGUGCUUUCUUGUGUAUCAAGUUUAAUAAUUGAUAUCGCUUGCCUUUUAUUUCUUUAAAAAGGCUUUGAAUCAUGCUCCUAGGCGUAUCUGUUAAAUCCUUAAAUUCAUUUACCCAAGCUCCCAUGCGAUUUAGGCCAUCUGCUUGAUUGCCGUUUUUUUGUGAUUCUUCUUGAGUCAGAUACCACUCAGUACUUGCUGCAAAGCUUGCUUUUGUUGUACCUCCUUUGUGUUUUUUAGUCCUUGAUGCCAUUCUAUUCCUUAGAAGCCAUUAGAGAGGGAUCAAGAGCACAGUUUUAACUGAAUCGUACAAAGAUAGAACCAUGGAAGAAACAUUUGUGCCAUUUCGAGGAAUCAAGAAUGACCUUAGAGGAAGAUUAAUGUGUUACAAACAAGAUUGGACGGGUGGAUUUAGAGCAGGCUUCAGGAUUCUGGCUCCCACCACAUACAUAUUUUUCGCUUCAGCAAUACCGGUCAUUUCAUUUGGUGAACAACUGGAGCGAAACACUGAGGGAGUUCUGACGGCAGUUCAAACCUUAGCUUCCACUGCCCUUUGCGGGAUUUUACACUCUAUCAUUGGAGGUCAACCUUUGUUGAUUUUAGGUGUUGCAGAACCCACUGUGAUUAUGUACACAUUCUUGUUUAAUUUUGCUAAAGAGAGACCGGACUUGGGUCGAAAUCUGUUUCUGGCAUGGACUGGAUGGAUAUGUGUCUGGACAGCAUUCUUGCUGUUCUUAUUGUCUAUUUUAGGAGCUUGCUCCAUUAUCAAUAGGUUCACCCGUGUGGCUGGAGAAUUAUUUGGUCUGCUAAUAGCAAUGCUUUUCAUGCAGCAAGCUGUAAAAGGACUGGUAGAAGAGUUUCGCAUCCCAAAGAGAGAAAAUUCAAACUUAACUGAGUUCAUACCUUCAUGGAGAUUUGCAAAUGGCAUGUUUGCUUUGGUUCUAUCAUUUGGCCUUCUGAUAACUGCAUUAAGAAGCCGGAAGGCAAGGUCAUGGCGGUAUGGGGCUGGUUGGAUUCGAAGCCUAAUUGCCGACUAUGGUGUACCGCUUAUGGUGCUGGUCUGGACAGCUGUUUCUUACAUACCAGCCAGCAGUGUUCCGAAAGGGAUCCCACGGCGCCUCUUCAGCCCAAAUCCAUGGUCACCUGGUGCAUAUGAUAAUUGGACAGUCAUUAAGGAUAUGCUGAAUGUUCCUGUUGUCUACAUAAUUGGAGCUUUCAUUCCUGCAACAAUGAUUGCGGUGCUUUAUUAUUUUGACCAUAGCGUAGCAUCUCAACUUGCUCAACAGAAGGAGUUCAAUCUGAGAAAGCCAUCUUCUUACCAUUAUGACUUACUUCUGUUGGGGUUUCUGACUUUAUUGUGUGGUCUUAUUGGAAUUCCUCCAGCAAAUGGAGUUAUCCCACAAUCUCCAAUGCAUACAAAGAGUUUGGCUACUCUCAAGCACCAGUUGCUUCGCAAUAGGCUGGUUGCUACAGCUCGCAGAAGUAUUAGAAGAAAUGCUAGCUUAGGACAGCUGUACGGACAUAUGCAAGAAACCUAUCAACAAAUGCAGACCCCUUUGAUCUACCAGGAGGCCUCAAUUCGGGGACUAAAGGAUUUAAAAGAAUCAACUAUUCAAGCAGCUACAUGUAUGGGACAUAUGGAUGCCCCGGUUGAUGAAACAGUGUUUGAUAUUGAGAAGGAAAUCGAUGAUCUUCUGCCUGUUGAGGUGAAGGAACAGCGUCUCAGUAACUUUCUUCAAUCUAUAAUUGUUGGAGGAUGUGUUGCUGCCAUGCCCUUCCUCAAAAUGAUUCCAACCUCAGUUCUAUGGGGCUACUUUGCAUUCAUGGCAAUUGAAAGUUUACCUGGGAAUCAAUUCUGGGAAAGAAUCUUACUGCUCUUCACGGCACCUAGCAGAAGAUACAAAGUCCUAGAGGAAUACCAUGCAACUUUUGUGGAAACAGUGCCUUUUAAGACAAUAGCAACAUUCACCAUUUUCCAAACAACCUAUUUGCUUAUAUGUUUUGGACUUACAUGGAUUCCAAUUGCCGGACUUAUGUUUCCAUUAAUGAUCAUGCUUUUGGUUCCUGUAAGACAGUACUUUUUGCCCAAGUUUUUCAAAGGGGCUCAUCUUCAAGACUUGGAUGCUGCAGAGUAUGAAGAGGCACCAGCUUUGUCAUUUAACCUUGCAGCAGAAGCAGAGAUUGCUGCUGGAGCUUCCUUUACAGAUGAAGGAGAGAUUUUCGAUGAAGUUAUCACGAGAAGCCGGGGUGAGUUCAGGCAUGUGAGUAGUCCUAAGAUCACAAGCUCCACGGCAACCCCAGCAAAUGACCCUAAAAGCCUUCAAAGCCCGCGCCCCACAUACAGUCCUCGGCUCAGUGAGCUAAGAGGGGAGCUAAGUCCUCGUGCUAGUAGUAGAGGACCACAAAGUCCAAGGACUGGAGAAGUAAGAUUGUCCAAUCUAGGAAAGAGUCCUCCUGAAACAGCAUCAAAAUAGGGAGAAAAACAGACUAGUGUAAACUAGUAAUCCUUUGUAAGUUUAGCUGCUUGUUCGUUUACAUAUUCCAGUCCUGAUUUGUUUUUUUUUUUUUUUUUUUUUUUUGCCUGGAGCACUGUAAAGUCUGCCUUCUUUCUGCUCCUCUACUUCAAGAAGAGAUAUAUAUUAGUGCAUGUUGUUGUA